AUGUACAACUUGAAAGGAAGAAAGGGUCAGACAUACAAAGAGUUCAGUGAGACUGAGUUCAGUGAGACUGUGUAUUGUGAGAAGUGUCAGAUAUGCUUCCUGAAGAGCUGUGCUGCUCAUGGACCCCCCGUGUUUCUAAAGGGCAAUCCAGUGGAAAAGGGACAUCCUAAUCGUGCUCUCCUCAGUGUGCCCACUGGACUUCGAAUUGACCCAUCAAGCAUUCUGGAGGCUGGGCUUGGAGUAUUUAAUGAGGCAUCUGAUCUGCCUUUGGGGCUGCACUUUGGUCCUUUUGAGGGCAAGAUCACAGAAGUGGAAGAGGAAGCUGACAGUGGGUACAGCUGGCAGAUAGCCAAGGGCAGGAACAGCUAUGAGUACGUGGAUGGAAAGGAUACUUCUUUGACCAACUGGAUGAGGUAUGUGAACUGUGCCCGGAAUGAUGAGGAGCAGAAUUUGGUGGCCUUCCAGUACCACAGGCAGAUAUUUUACCACACCUGCGAGGUCAUCAAACCAGGCUGUGAGCUGCUAAUAUGGUAUGGGGAUGAGUAUGGCCAGAAGCUGGGU